AUGGCUUCUUGUGUCCAUACCUCCAUCGGUGAUUCAGACGGACUCACAACCAAGAUGUAUAAGUUGGCGGUGAUGGGCACCUGUUCUGUGGGCAAGAGUGCACUGAUCAUGCAGUUUAGUAGGAAUCAUUUUGUGACGGAGUAUGACCCCACGACCCAAGAUUUCUAUAGUAAGGAUACAAUGGUGGACGAAGAGCAGUGUCAGCUGGACAUCAUGGAUACCACAGGCAAUGGAGCAUUUUAUUAUCUGAGGGAUGAGUCCAUAAGCUGGGGAGAGGGAUUCCUCUUGGUCUAUGCAGUGAAUGACCUCUACUCUUUUGAGAAUGUGAAUUUCUUCUGGGACAUUCUGCAGUGGCUCAAGGGCACCGACCGCGUACCCGUGGUGUUGGUGGCAAACAAAGUAGACGUGACCAACAGGCUGGUGGACCCCACAAUGGGCCAGGAGGUGGCCAGGAGCUUCGGGUUCCCUUAUGUGGAGACCUCAGCCAAGACUGGACAAGGUGUGGAGCAAGCCUUCCAUGAGCUGGUUCGAGAAAUUCAGAGGAAGCGAGCUGAGGAGUAA